GCAUUUGAAUGCACCAUUGGGGGUGGGCGGCUCUGUUCAACCACGUAGAGCACAUUUUGGCUAGCAAGAGCAACUGAGCCACUCGGCGUUUCACCACGAAUCGUCAUGUCGGGCAAGAGCUUUCGAGUAAGCGACGGGGAUUGGAUAUGUCCAGAUAAAAAAUGUGGAAAUGUGAAUUUUGCAAGGCGAACAAGUUGUAAUAGAUGUGGAAGAGACAAGACCACAGAGGCCAAGAUGAUGAAAGCAGGAGGAACCGAGAUUGGGAAAACUCUGGCUGAGAAGAGUAGAGGACUGUUUAGUGCUAACGAUUGGCAAUGUAAAACAUGUGGAAACGUUAACUGGGCGAGGCGGUCAGAGUGCAACAUGUGUAACACUCCCAAAUACGCCAAGCUUGAAGAAAGGACAGGUUAUGGUGGCGGUUUUAAUGAAAGGGAAAAUGUGGAAUAUAUUGAGCGAGAGGAAUCCGAUGGUGAAUAUGAUGAGUUUGGUAGGAAAAAGAAAAAGUAUCGUGGGAAGAGCGAGAGCAAGACGUCUUCCUCAAAAGGAAGUGAAAAGAAGGAAGUAGGGAAGAAGCCUCCGCCGCCACCGCCGCAGGAGGAUGAAGAGGAGGAGGACGAUGAUGAAGACGGUGACCUGUCCAAAUACAAACUGGAUGAUGACGAGGAUGAUGACGAAGACGGCGACCUGUCAAAGUACGACCUGGACGCCAGCGAUGAGGAAAAGCAGCAGCCGGCGAAAAGGGGCAGCCGCUCGGGCUCGUCUCGCUCCCGCUCAUCCUCACGCUCAUCCGGCUCCAGUUCUCGGUCGAGGUCCAGAUCCGGUUCUAGGAGCUCCUCUAGUUCCCGAUCCGGAUCUCGCUCAAGGUCCCGCUCCAGAUCCAGCUCCAGGUCUGGAAAGGGCUCCUCACCCCGGAAGAGGUCCGCCAGCCCGCCUUCCUCACCUGAGGCGGGGCAGAAGCGCAGUCGCUCCAGGUCGUCAUCUGGAGGGAGAAAACGGAGGCGCUCUCGAUCCCGUUCGUCCGAAAGGCGCAGCAACCAGUCCUCCGGCUCCUCCCAUUCUGGCUCGAGUUCUAAAAAGAAAAAAAAAUAAUUUCAGUGCCUUGUUGAAAUGAACCUCAGUGCAAGUGCAUGUUGUCAUGAGAGAAACAACCACAUCCAUACAGUACGGUGUUCACCACCCCCCCUACCUUCUAUACACACUCGCACACACAUUGCAGUAGAAACUCAUAUAAUAUUUCAUCUCAAUCUCUGCCCAACUUGUGACAGGUGUCUACCAAUACAUACAUGGUCAUUUAACAAUGUCAAUGUUGGUAGCAGUAUUUCUCUUGAUCGUUGGGACGCUUUAAAAUUUCCAUUGGGGCAGUCCGUUUAAAAUGUAAAUGCAUCUCUUUAGGAAAAAGUACACAGUACAAAGUUUUUGUUUUGAAGGUAAGUAUUUCAAAGUGUUUAUCCACAAAUGGCACAAAUUUCAUUGGUAGUUUUCAUUUGAUUAAACUUUUGUCAUAUAUGUAUACUGGAGGGAAGACCAGAUUUGAGUAACAAAUUCCCCAGAUUAGUUUUCCAAGACUUUUUUUUAGUACAGUAUGUUAUGACAAUUCAUUCUUUAUAUAUAGUACUAUACAUGUUAAAUAACUGUACGUGUGUAAAUAAAGUCUUGUCAACAUA